AUGAAAUUGGACAUCAUUAGGUUUUCGACUUUAAUAUUUAUCUUGGGAGUUUUCACUUUUUCUCCGGUUUCUCCCCUUUUUUUGGACAAUGGCACAACUUUUAAAGACUUGUCCUCUGAAAUAUUCAAGCAUAUAGGUUCUGUGGUGAUUGAUGCCUAUGAUACUCCUGCAACUGUUUAUAUGAAGGAGCUUUUUAAUCACGCUACUAGUGACUGUGAUAAAUGCUAUACACAUAUUUUUAACAUGGAAUAUCCUAGAAUGUUAUCAUCGCAAAUUUUCAAUAAACCAGAUCACUCCGUUAAUCUUUAUAGAUUUGCUUUAAACAAGAAAAAACACAAAAAAAACACUAAAACUGCUAAUUAUAAUAAUAAUGAGCUUGCUGAUGUUAGUAAAAGACCAAAUCAAUAUAGCUAUUUAAAGUUCAAGUCGGAUGAUGGAUCACAGAACCUUCAGCAAUAUCUUUUAAAUUUCGAAAAUAGUCAGUAUUUUGGUGAAAUACAAGUAGGAACACCUCCAAAAAACUUCGUAGUUGUAUUUGACACCGGAUCAAGUCAGUUGUGGAUACCAUCAAAAUCAUGCCUCAACCAUAAUUCGAAUGGUUGUGCGAGGCAUAGAAUGUUUGAUUCAUCAGCAUCUACUACUUAUGAACCAAUGAUUAAGGGUAAUGAGAUGAUGAGUGAGUACAUCCGUUACGGUACCGGUGAAUGUGUGCUGGCACUUGGAUUUGAUAAUGUAAAAAUCGGCUCGCUAAAUGUUAAGCAUCAAUCAAUUGGAUUGUCCGUACUUGAAAGUGAGCAUCCGUUUGGUGAUUUACCUUUCGAUGGGUUAGUUGGUCUUGGGUUCCCAGACACUGAACUCAAAGAAUCAAAAAAACUUACCCCUAUAUUCGACUCAAUAAAAAAUCAAAAAAUAUUAAAGAGGAAUAUAAUAGCUUUUUAUAUGUCAAAGGACAUUAAUCAACCUGGAUCUCUUUCUUUUGGUAGUAUUGAUCCUAAAUACGUACUUCCAGGGCAUAAACCAUGGUGGUUUCCCGUUGUUAAAACUGAUUACUGGGAGAUAGAAGUUUCUUCGUUAUUGGUUGAUGGUGAACCCGUUGUGUUUGAUAGAAAGUACAAUGCUGCGAUAGAUACUGGAAGUAGUUUAAUAUCUGGACCAUCAGAUGUGAUAAUACCUUUGUUAGAAAAAAUCACCGUUGAAGAGGACUGCUCAAACCUUGACAAACUACCCCGUUUAUCGUUUGUAUUUCGGGAUGUCAUGGGAAGAAAAGUAAAAUUCGACCUUGAUCCUGAGGAUUACGUAUUAAAGGACGAAGUUGAGAAAGUGUGUAUGCUGGGUGUGCUGCCAAUGGAUAUGCCUGAGCCAAAAAAGCCUUUGUUUGUUAUAGGCGCAAACUUUCUCAGAAGGUAUAUCUCAAUUUUCGACAGGGAUCAGAUGGUAGUCGGAUUAGUUCCGGCAUCACAUGAUCAAAAGGAAGAAAAUAAGCAAGAACAACUCUCUGAUAGGUUCAAAGUUCCAGACGGUAAUACUAUUAUAUACUCUUUAAGUCCUACAAAUAUUUUUAUAUUAACCGUAAUGUUGUAA